AUGAGAUCAUCAACUAUCAGCUUACUCUCAAUCUUACCAUCUAUAACGGGCAGUGCCCUCGCGUCAACCAAAUCAUGUUCUGCUAAAGGAACGACCGGCACUUCCGUCAUCGGAGUGGCAGCAGUAGCUACGGACGGUACCACUUCAGUCGUUGCUCCUUCCUCUUCCUCUUCUGGAGAUCCUACUCCGCCUGUAGGUGAAAUAGUCUCCACUUCGGCUGUAGGAGACGAAUCGGCUGUAUCGUCAGUAGCAGCGGUCGAUACCGGUUCAUCUUCAACUUCAGCUUCUGCCGCUUUACCUACUUCUACCGGAGGUAGUAACUCGACAGAAGGUAAUUCCAACGAUCCUUCGAUUUCAUCUGGAUCUCACCCUACAUUCGAGUUCAAACAACCCGAUAAAGAAGACUGUAAAUGUGGAUAUAAAGUCUCCGGUCUAGGUGAUAUUUAUAUGCCAUUCAAGUUUCAAUUCAAUUUCUCGGAUAUUGGAGAUGCUGGACCGUUCAGUGGUCCGGAUGAUUUGAAACAGUAUGGUUGGAGGAUCAACCAGGGUCAUCAUGCUGGUGGACCAAGUUCGAACGGUACCGUAUGGGAUGCGGCCUCUGGUAAACUCGUCGAUGAACCUAUUUACCAAUGUCUCGGUUAUCCCGAAUCAGUUUCGGUACAAGGAGGUAACCUUCAUUUAACUAUGAAAGGUGGUCAGACUCCAAGUGGAGAGAUGAAAUGUCCUGAAAUCAUUCAUGAUAACGCAACUCUCUACGGUAUCUUCCAAGCUGAUAUUCAACUCGAUAACACUCCUGGAACAUGUCAGGCAUUCUGGAUGAACCAUACUAUCCCUGGUCAAUAUGCCGAUGAAUUGGAUAUUGAAGCCUUGGGUGGAUCUAUGCUUGAACCAACUACCGAACAACCUUUACCAGGUUUAUGGAGUACUAACUGGGAGCCGAAUGGCAACCCUAAUGAACCUCUUGUACUCAACCACACCACCGGAACCGAUGGUAAAUCCCCUACACCAUUCCCUAAUGAUCCGACCGCCGAUUUCAAUUCUUACAUUAUCGCUUGGGUUCCUGGAGAAUAUUCACCUAGAUAUUACAACGGGAAGGAAAUCGCUUCUCCAAGUCAAUUUAACGCCAUUCAUCCUCAAGAAGCUACUUUCAACAAUUGGUCGAAUAACAAUAAAUGGUGGAGUGGUCUCGUUCCUCAGUCUGAUGUGACCAUGAAAGUCAGAAGCGUUUUGUUCUACUACAGAACUGAAGAAAUCCAAUCUUUGAUCGAUGGCUGUAAGGAGGAAGAUGUCUGUACCGUUUAA